GUUGCUUCGUUGGUGCGACGAAGAGAGAGAAUAUACUUGGAAACGACGUACUAUCAAAUAUAUAAAAUUGUCCCUGUAUGACAUCUACCCUGCACAGGUACUGAGAGUAUUUUUUGCGAGAUUUGUGUAAACAGUUUUGAAUAGUCUUAAAGCCUAUAGUGUAUUGGAAUGACAAUCAAUUUAAAUACAUUCAUUAUUUGGGUAUUCGUUAGGUAAUGACCAACAUAGAAUUAUCAGCCCCUGGCAUUGCAAUGGCAGAAGAAUCUACCAGCGACGAAGCACCGAAACCAUCCGUUAUCAGAAGGCCUAGAACCAGAGAUGAUUUCUAUCUGUUCUGCACAUAUGUGUUGCAGUAUGAAAACUAUGAAACUGAAGAUAAGGAGGAAGCUCGAAAUGUAUCUAACCAAAGUCCACCAUUGGAUAGUUCUGGAAGUAGUGUUAAUUCGGAAACAACUCAUUCUGGUCAUGAUGAUGAGAAGCCCAGUGCAGAGGAAGACUCAGAUGAUAAUGAUUCUUUCCAAACAGUUACAUGUUUCUGCCGCAAACCCUUUGCUGGUAGACCAAUGAUUGAAUGUUCCAUAUGCUAUACAUGGAUACAUCUAUCUUGUGCUAGGAUUAAAAAAUCCAAUAUACCUGAUGUGUUCCACUGUGCCAUGUGCAAGUCAAAUAAUAAGAAGCCCAGAUCUGCUUCACCAACUAACCCACCAGAAAAAGCAGUUAAGCGCCUUAAAAAAGCAACGUAAGUCAAUGUGUAUUUGUAAUGCAAAAGAAAAUAUAACAUUCAUUUACUGAAACAACAUUAUAAACAUUGUCAAAAUUGGUUAUGAAACACAUAGUUAUUGCAUUAGUGAAUUGAUAACUGCCCACACAAGAGGCCUUCCUUAUGACCAAAUUUGACCAUAUUUAUAUCAAAUAAUCCAUACGUACAGUUUCAAAUGUAUAAAUUGUAAAUACUCUAAUCUAAGGUUAUAUUAAUUGAAAAAUCAUUUAUUUGUUAAGGUUAGCCGUAAUUAUUUAUAGUGUCUCUAUACUUGUUGACUGUUAUAUAGUGAUACUAUGUGAUAGCUAUCACCAGAGCUCAUGUUUUUAUCCACAAUAGAUUAUAUUUGAGGCUAUUCACCAUUAACAAUGAAGUGCAGUGCACCUCAUUCUUGACUGGCCCAGUUAAAUAAUAUUAUUCGAGACGAAACCUAUUUUUUGUAUUAAAAAUUAAACACAAUUUAAAAACUGUGUUAGCCAACAGAUUAGGUGUAUCAUAAAUAUAAAAAAAAAUAUGUGUAAU